AUGGAGGGCGGUGUCCCUUUAAUCCUUUCCUGUCGGGGACUUUAUGGAGCACCAGGAGGAGAAAAUGCAGAAGCGACCGCAUUCAGGCAGAGCCUGCCACACGCAGGGGAGCUUCGAGCCGAAGGGAGCCUGAUGGGCGGGAGAGAAAGCAUUCACUGGCCCAGCACAGCGCUAAAAAUAGACGACUGCAUCAUGAAAGGGAAGGACGCGAGCGAGUGUGCGAACUUCGUUCGUGUUUUGCAUCACUACAAUAGGACCCACCUCCUGGCGUGCGGCACCGGAGCCUUCGACCCGCUGUGUGCCUUCAUUCGGGUUGGCUAUCACUUGGAGGAGCCCGUAUUUCACCUGGAACCGCACAGAUGGGAGCGAGGAAGGGGCAAAUGUCCUUUUGACCCCAGCUCCUCCUUUGUCUCCACUUUGAUUGGUGGUGAGCUCUUCGCUGGCCUCUAUGGGGACUACUGGGGACGCGAUGCUGCGCUCACCCGCAGCCUGGGCCGCCUGGGUCACCUCCGCACAGAACCGGAUGAUGAGCGCCUGCUACGAGGUGGGCCAGUGACAAAUGACGCAGGUGGGCAGAGAAUCCUGGUGAACAAGUGGACCACGUUCCUGAAGGCCAGGCUGGUGUGCUCCGUGCCAGGCCUGAAUGGGAUCGACACGUACUUUGAUGAUCUAGAGGAUGUUUUCUUGCUGCACACCAGAGAUCAGAAGAACCCAGUGAUAUUUGGACUGUUUAACACUACCAGCACUAUCUUCAGAGGACACGCUAUCUGCGUCUAUCACAUGUCCAGCAUCCGGGAAGCUUUCAACGGGCCAUAUGCACACAGGGAAGGGCCUGAGUAUCACUGGUCACUCUACGAAGGAAAAGUCCCCUACCCAAGGCCUGGUUCUUGUGCUAGCAAGGUGAACGGAGGCAGGCACGGGACCACCAAGGACUACCCUGAUGAUGCUGUUCGAUUUGCGAGGGGCCACCCGCUCAUGUACCACCCCAUCAAACCUGCCCAUAAAAAGCCAAUAUUGGUGAAGACGGAUGGAAAGUACAACCUGAAGCAAAUCGCAGUGGACCGAGUAGAAGCUCAGGACGGCCAGUAUGACGUCCUGUUCAUUGGCACAGAUGCUGGAAUUGUCCUGAAAAUCAUCACAAUUUACAACCAAGAAACAGAAUCUAUGGAGGAAGUAAUUCUAGAAGAACUUCAAAUAUUCAAGGAUCCAGUUCCCAUUAUUUCUAUGGAGAUUUCUUCAAAGAGACAGCAGCUGUUCGUCGCGUCCCCCAAGGCCGUGGCGCAGGUGCGCCUCCACCAGUGCCAGCUGUACGGCAGCGCCUGCGCGGACUGCUGCCUGGCGCGGGACCCCUACUGCGCGUGGGACGGCGUGGCCUGCUCGCGCUACCUGCCCGCGGGCGCGGGCGCGCAGGCCAAGAGGCGCUUCCGCCGACAGGACGUCCGGCACGGGAAUGCGGCGCAGCAGUGCGUGGGGCAGCAGUUCGCGGGUGACGCUUUGGACAAAACUGAGGAGCACCUGGCUUACGGCGUAGAGAACAACAGCACACUGUUGGAGUGCACUCCGCGCUCCUUACAGGCCAAGGUCGUCUGGUUUGUACAGAAAGGACGCGACGCAAGGAAAGAAGAGGUGCAGACGGACGAGCGCGUGCUGCAGGUCGACCUGGGGCUGCUGAUCCUCCGGGUGCGCAGGUCGGACGCGGGCACCUACGUGUGCCAGGCGGAGGAGCACGGCUUCGUGCACGCGGUGCGGCGGCUGGUGCUGGACGUGGUGGAGGAGCGCCGCGUGCGGGACGCCUUCCGCGGGGACCCCGGCGCGCACAAGGCGCCCUGCCCCGCCUCGGGCGACUUAGGGUUGUUAGCUAUUGAAGGACAGUGGGAGAAUGUCACAGUCAUGGAAAACAUACACAGAAGUGCUCGAGGUUUCCAGAUCGUGGCCUCCGCCGCGGCGGACACCGGCCGGCCCGUCGAGCACCUGAGCCGGGGACCGACCGGGCUCCCGCAGUCUCCGCCCGUGCACGUUUCCCCGCUUCGCGCAGAAAACGCAUCCUCGCCAUUCCCUGCAGCGUGCAGAGGACAUCAGCCCCUCGAAAAGGUGUUAAAGCUGUUAGGAAUCGGAAGCCGAUGCAAACCCAUCAACUCGGAGAAACAGGGAUCAAAAAGAGAAAUAAGCAUCCUAAGCGUGAUAAAAAUGUGCACAGGGAGUCAUUGUUUAGAAAGUGACAAUUCCAUAGAGGGCGCGCGUCUUACUCACAGCAGCUACCCGUCGGGUCUCCGGCCGCGCCUGGGCCUAGAGGCCUCUCAGGGCCGCGUCCUCCGCGGCGGCGGAGACAGGGGUCAGGGAGGCGGGAGCAGCGGCGGCGAGGGCGCGGGAGCCCACGUCUCUCGGCUCGUUCCGACGCGGCAGCAAGCCGGGCGGGGUCUGCGCAGCGUCCAAGCUGGGAAACCUGCACGUGUCGGGUUCCAAGGUGGAGACGCCCUCCGCCCCGAAAGCAGUUCCUCCCUUCGACACGAGGUGGCGGCGCACACAGCUCUAAGGGCGCUGCUCGCGCUCAGCGAAGACGCCUCUGCAGAGCCCUCGGCCAGUGGCUUGCGGACCGUGGACCGCAGCGCAGGACGCGGGAGUGGCACGAAAGCAGGAAACAGCUGUCCAAACCCAAGCCGUAGAAGUAAUUCGAUCUUCAGGCUCACUUCAAUGUUGGCAGGCAGGAGAAAGGAGAGCGCAGUACAGCAGAGCCUGCUCGCACAGCCGCUGUCCCCCCGCGACGCCGGGGCAGCCGCGGGUGGGAGCAGGGGGCGGCGGAGCUGGGCGCUGCUCGGGCUCGGCGCGGGCGCGAGGCCUCAGUCCGCUGUCCUCCCCGCGGGCCGUCGGUGCGCAGUGUCGGGGCUGCAGCCUGAGCCUCGCGGGGGCAGAAGCGCGCAGCUCGCGUUGCGGUCACCUCCACGGCCGGAGCGCGCGCAGUGA